AUGCCGCAUCUCGCCCACGUCUCUGUCGUCGUCCGUGACUACGACGAGGCCCUCGCCUUUUACAUUGACAAGCUCGGCUUCGUCCUCGUCGAGGACCGGCCCGUUCCCGAGCAAAACAAGCGCUGGGUCACCAUUGCGCCGCCCAACGCACCCCCCGGCGCGACCACGAUCCUGCUCGCGCGCGCCUCCUCGCCCGACCAGCUCGCGGCCGUCGGGCGGCAGACGGGCGACGACCGCGUGUUUCUCUUCCUCGCCACCGACGACUUCCAGCGCGACUACGCCAAGCUGACGGCCGCGGGCGUGGAGUGGGCGCGGCCGAUUGCGGUGCACGACUACGGCACCGUGGCCGUCUUCAAGGACUUGUACGGCAACCUGUGGGAUCUGAUUGAGUACGCUCGGGCGUAG